CGACCGGAAGCGGAUGGUGGUGAGAUUUGUUUCUCUUCCGCCUGCGGCCGUCUCCUCCAUAACGCUGAGACAAUGACAAACACUGAAAGGAACCCCACGCACCAAAUGAUUUCUCAGCUGCACAGUUUUGCUGCUACUGGAGACAAGAUCAGAUUGACAGCGCUAUGCAAUCAUUCUCCAUCCCUUAUCAAUGAAGCUGCUGAGAAUGGUUGGACAGCCUUGAUGUAUGCUGCCAGAAAUGGACACUUUGAGAUUGUACAAAUUCUUCUUGAAAAAGGGUGUGACAGGUCCAUUGUCAAUAAAUCGAGCCAGACUGCACUAGACAUUGCUAAAUUUUGGGGAUAUAAGCAUAUAGCUAAUUUACUAGCAAAUGUUAAGGGUGGACAGAAGCCUUUUUUCCUGCCAAACGAUACAAUAGAGUAUGAAAAUUAUUUUAGCAGGACACUUCUGGAUAGAAGGAGUGAUAAAAGAACAGAUUCUAAAUGGUUAAACACAAAACAAAACCAUCCAGCCACGGUAUACAUCCUUUUCUCAAAUUUAAACCCAUUGGUCACUUUGGGUGGAGGGAAAGAUGGUUCCCAGCAGCCUGAAGUCAGGCUUUGCAGGCUGUGCCACAAGGAUGUAAAGGAAUACAUGAGCCAGACUGAAAAAGUCACCUUGAUUUUUCUUGGAGUAGAACUUCAGUUGGCUACUCUGAAUGGAGGAAUUCUGAAGGAAGAUGAAGAAGAUGGACUGGUUGCUUGGUUUGCCCUCAGCAUAGAUGCUACCUUUGCUGAACAGUUUAAACAGAGGCAUGAAGACUGUUAUUUUCUUCAUCCUCCAAUGCCUGCACUGCUGCAGUUGCCUGAAAAAGAAGCUGGAGUAGUAGCCCAGGCUAGAUCUGUUCUAUCAUGGCAUAACCGAUACCAAUUCUGUCCAACAUGUGGCAGUGCAACCAAGAUUGAAGAAGGAGGCUACAAGACGACCUGCUUAAAAGAAGACUGUCCCAGUCUUCAAGGUGUUCACAAUACAUCGUACCCAAGAGUUGAUCCUGUAGUGAUAAUGCAAGUCCUUCAUCCAGAUGGGAACCAGUGCCUUUUAGGCAGGCAGAAGAGGUUUCCUCCUGGCAUGUUUACCUGCCUUGCUGGAUUUGUAGAGCCUGGGGAAACAAUAGAAGAUGCUGUUCGAAGAGAAGUAGAGGAGGAGAGUGGAGUCAAAAUUGGCCAUGUUCAGUAUGUCUCUUGUCAACCAUGGCCAAUGCCCUCCUCCCUAAUGAUUGGUUGCUUAGCUGUUGCAGUGUCUACAGAAAUUAGAGUCAACAAGAAUGAAAUAGAGGAUGCCCGUUGGUUCACUAGAGAACAGGUCGUGGACGUUCUCAUUAAAGGAAACCAGCGUUCUUUCUUUGUGCCACCGAGUCGAGCUAUUGCACACCAGUUGAUAAAACACUGGAUUGGAAUGAAUGCUAAUCUUUAAAUUCAAGGAACUGAGUUCUUUGAGUUAAAUUACUGUUUCCAGUGACUGCUAAUGUAAAUAAAUUAGAAAUAAUUGGUCAUUUAGUGAAGUGGUGACCACAGUA